AUGCUGGGGGAAAUUGUGGGCCACUGUAAGACACCACCGCCAGCAGAGAACGCCGUAACCCACGGUCGGGACCGUGGACUGUUCGGCUCGUCUGGCCUUGUCUGGGUCAUCAUCCGUGCUCCCCAGACACCCCUGAAGUCCCCGGCUGGACGGGCGGCCCCGCGCCUUACCCAUCUGAAACCCGCUCUCGCGCAGGAAAAUCACCGAUGCCCGGGUCUUACGUCGUACCGAUUCGCUGUCCUAGCUAGGUAUGGAGGCGGACACUGUCUUACACGUAAGACUGCCAUUGCAUCAAAAUUCAGCACCACUUAUGCCGUGAAGCAAUAG